ACUCAGUUUGCCUUCUCCCUCCUUCAAGCCUUUUCCUCUCUCUCCCACUCUCCUUAUCCUUUUCUGAAAGCUCGAAAGCCGAAGCCUAAAUCUAGAUAUAUAUGGGGAGAGUUCCCUGUUGCGAUAAGAAUGGGCUAAAGAAAGGCCCGUGGACGCCAGAGGAAGACCAGAAGCUCAUCGAUUACAUACAGAAGCAUGGCCAUGGAACCUGGAGAACCCUCCCCAAGAAUGCUGGUCUAGCACGGUGUGGGAAGAGCUGCAGGCUCCGAUGGGCGAAUUAUCUUCGACCAGAUAUAAAGAGAGGAAGGUUCUCCUUUGAAGAGGAAGAGACCAUCAUCCAAUUGCACAGUGUCUUAGGCAACAAAUGGUCUGCAGUUGCUGCGCAUUUGCCUGGAAGAACUGAUAAUGAGAUAAAGAAUUACUGGAACACCCAUAUCAAGAAGAGGCUUCUUCGCUCAGGAAUCGACCCUGUGACGCAUAGACCCAGGCUCGAUCUCCUCAACUUAUCUUCCCUUCUCAAUACGGUGCUUUUCAAUCAGCCAGCUCGGCUCGAUGCGUUGAGAUUGCUUGAUAUCAAGCCUCAACUAAACACUCAUGAGUUACUGAGGAUUGCUAUCAAUCUCAUGCACCAAAAGCAAAACUUGUUCAAACACAAUCAGGUUCAAGAAUCACAGCCAAAUUAUUACCAAACGAUAUCGCAACAACUUCCAUCAUCUUUACUUUAUAACCCAGCUCAGUUCAUAAAUGCAAGUCCAUGGCAGUACAACGAAGUAAACUCUUUCAAUUUGAGUGAAAAUUUAAUGGCAGCUAAUAGUAAAGCUAAUAAUGGGAACAUGGAGCAGCCAAUGUCUAGUUUGUUAUAUGAGGCCUCCAAUGGUGAGUUCUCUUGCGAGCAGAACUUAUACAAUAAUCUUGAUACAAAACUAUCGAGGCCUGUGCCGAGCAUGACUUCGAACAACUCUUCUACAACCAUCAACAACAGUAAAGAAGAUGAGAAAGAUAGUUACUGUAGCAACUUAUUUGAUUUCCAUACUCCUGACUUGCUGGAUGCGAGUCAGUUCAUAUGAAAGUUAAAAACAGGAAGAUUAGAAAACUGAGGGAACAUAAAAAAGAAAAAAAAAGUUCUGGGAAGUUAUCUUGUUAAGCCCUUAUGUUCAUAUUAUGUAGGGCCUGGAAUUGUGUUUCCUUUUUUUUUUCUCUCUGUAAUGAGUAUUUUGUCUUUGUGCAAUUAGGUGCUUAUAAAUGUAUCAUAUAUAUAGUUGCAUAAUGAGAAGCAGCUUUUUUU